CUAUAAGAUACACUAGCAUCAUGUUGCAUGUGACAUCUUUUCUUUAACUUUUCCUUUAUAAUUUUCUUCCAAAUCUCAUAUAAUCACAUUCCUUUAUUCAUUUAUUUCUGUAUAUGAGAGAAAAAAAAAAUCCCACCUUCCUUAAAUUCCUUGCUGUUUACAGUUAGCUCAUGACCCUACUUGUACAGAAAUAGUUCAUGCUUUGCUUCCUGUUUGUCAUUACAAUACAAAACAAUAUCAAUGAAAUGAAAUGAGGGACCAACAUUAAGUUUUUUUUUACUAAAAAAAAGAAACACCACAAAAUCUAUUUCUUUUACUAGAGAAGAUUUAAUGCUUGAUUAAUUAGUGUCCAAAAAAAAAACACCCACAAAAAAAAAAUGAUGAUGAGUGCCAGCCCAGAUGAUCUUCCCAGAAAUCAUGAUAAUCAGAUCAUGUUUGAAGAUGAAGAAAUCAUUCAUUCCACUUGUCAAAUUAGCUGGAAACUGUACCAUAAUCCCUUUUUUAGUACUACUAAUACUCUUACUAAUCAUAGUAGCCCUCUCAAACUUAAACACAAACAAUUACAGAGAAAAUACAGUGCUAGUGCUAAGUAUAUUCAUCAUCUUCAUUCAGAUCUCAAGAUGAAUAUUUCUUCAAAUUCUAAUUCUGAUCAUCAGUUGAUGAAUUCGGGUAGAACCCAGAUUGCAGAAUUGAAGGCUGAGUUAGAAAUGGAGAGAAAACAGAGGAAAAAGAUGGAGAUUUUAAACAAGAAACUUUCAAGAGAGUUGAUAGAUCAAGUUCAGAAAGAAAGAAUGUGUGUUUGUGAAGAUCUUACUAAAGAAAUUUCAAGACUUAAGGAAGAGAUGGAGAAGAUGAAGAAAGAAAUGGAUGAAGAAAGGAAGAUGUUGAGAAUGGCUGAAGUUUUAAGAGAAGAAAGAGUUCAAAUGAAGCUUGCUGAUGCACAACUUUUUUACCAUAAUCAGUUUGUUAAUCAGUUUUUACUGCAGCAUCAACAACAUUCUAUUAAGCAAUCAGCACCCGUUUUUUCGUGUGGCGAAUCAAAGAGAUUGCCAUCAGCUGAGCACAAAUGGUUGAAUGGUAGCGGUAGUAGUAGUAGUAGCAGUAGCAGUAAAAAUGGAAAUGUGCAGCGAAAGGCGUCACCAGAGCCUGAAAAUCCUCAUAUUAAGCAAGGGAUUAAAGGAUUUGUGGAGUUUCAAAGAGCAAUUAAGGUAAAAAAUGGAUCUAAUUAUAGUAUUAGUUGCUAUUCUGGUGGUGGUAAACAGUCUAGAGAUUUGGGUAGUUAUAAUAAGUUGGAAUGUCAGAAAGCCCAACUUCGAGUUUUGUUCAAGAGUAAAUGUCCUUUACCACCAUAUUCUCAUCAUGAUCAACUCAUCUUGAGUUAGUGAAGAUGAAAGAAAGAUGAUGUUGAAGGUUUUUUCUUUUUUUUUUUGUUUGGUUUCUUCUUUGAUGAUUUAGAAAUUAGAAAAAUCACUGCUUUAUUAUACUAUUACUAUAGUAUAAUUUUGGUUAUGAAAGUUAGUGAUGGAGUAUAUAUUAUGUGAAGUAUGUCUUUGGAAUUAGAGUUGAGUUGAACCUGGAUAAAA